GAAAAUGAAAUUGCAUUGGCCUGGUAUUUUUAUCUUUAUUCUACUCUUUAUAAUGAUGUCUGUUACGGAAUCCAAACCCAUUGUAACGUACUUCCUGAAUAAGCGUUAUGAUUUAAGAACCAGUUCCUGUUUCUUUUGUAAUGAUCAUGAGUGCGUAAAAACUGUGAAAGGAGAAUACAAAUAUGCAAAAGCAAUGACCCUUUGUAUGAGGUCAUUUGCAAUGUUGUAUGAAAACCCUGAAGAAAGAUGGUCUACUGUGGCAUCUUUUGGAACGUUAAAUGAAGAUGAAACAGACUAUGUGGAAGGUAUUCUGUACGGUGUUUGGUCUACAGGUCCUUGGUUAGGACUCAAAAUAAGAGGAUUUUCUACUGAUUAUUUAUGGAUCGGGCUUGGAACGAAGAUUCCUGAGUUACAAACAUGGCAUCAUAUAUGCCUAUCUUUUAAUUCAGAGAAUGGAGAAGUAAAGUUGUAUGAUAAUGGAGAAAAGGUUUAUGAAGGAAAGCAUGAUUCAGUUAUUGAUUUACAUAAAAAAGUUAGCACCACUUUUACAAUAGCUUCCCCUGGAUGUGCUUGGAGAACUAUUUUAUCUGGAUACAUGUCUAUGUAUGGAAAGGUAUCAGAUAUGCAGAUAUUUGGAAAGGCUUUGACCGAUCAGGAAAUGAUUGAAAUCACAGGUUGUAAAACAUCCAUAGAAGGAGAUAUAGUUAGCUGGAAGAAUACCCAGUGGGAGCUGGUUGGAAGAAAACAAAUUUCAGAGAAAGAGAUUGUUGACUUUGACAUUGAUGUUUGUAAAAUCUCAACUACCAGCUUGCACUUUGUCCCACUGAAGAAAGUUGUGACUCCUUGGGCAGAAAAUAUGUGCAGGAAGAUGUCAGGAUAUCUGGCCGCAUACAACACUCAAGAGGAGUUUGAAAAUUUGGUUAAUCUUAUAGAAGAUUCAAGAAUGUUAAAUUCUGUGUGCAACACUAAAUCAAAAAAUUUGAAUAAAUCAGAGCUCAGGAUGUGGCUUGGAAUUGAUGACAAUAAAGAGGAAGGUGUCUGGAGGAACACCAGAACAGGAGAAACAGUGAGUUAUCUGAACUGGUUGCCAAAUAGACCAUAUACAGGUGGUGACAAAUAUAAUUGUCUUCAAAUAAUAGCUGAGCUUGACACUGCAAAUACAUCAACUACCUUGUUAAAUCAAGCCAAAGUUGGGGAUGCUGAGUGCUUAGAUUUUGAAGCAUGCAGUGUAUGUAGAGUGGACCAUAAUGUCAGGAAAGUGAGUGUUCGUGGACUGUGUGCAAAUUCAUUAUUUAACAGCAUUUACCUAUACAAUAUUGAUGACCAAGGAAGAGUUUUGUAUUUGGGAAUUUUUUCUUCCUUUCUCACUUUUGAUGAAAACCAAAAAAAAUGGAUGUGGUAUGAUAGAAAGGAUAACUCAAGUUUUGCUACAUCUUCGUCAUCUGAAGAAUCCUUGCUUUUUGGAAUUAAUACUUUUGACUUCAGUGGUGUCAAGCGAGAUCCCUGUUCAAAAAAUACCAAAUCUACACUAAAACAGAUAAUGUUUACAACAUGUACUGAUGAAGAGUUUACUUGCAAUGAUGGUCUUUGUAUUAAUAUUGAAAAAAGAUGCGAUCAGACCACUAAUUGUUUGGAUGAAUCAGAUGAAGACAACUGCAAAAUGAUAUUUAUUAAAGAGAACUACAAGGAAACUGUUCCUCCAUUCAGGAAAACAAUUACAAACUCUGCUUUACAUUACUCUGCACUUUUUCAAAUACAAACAUAGCAUGGCACUUAGCCUGAAUCCUACCUCAAAACAUCUUACCUAGUCCUAAAAAGUAGAGUUAAAUUGUGGAAAUAGUAAUUUGCAAUAUCUUUUGAGUAUCUUUACAAUUCUACUAAUUUCUAUAUCUAAUUUAUAAAUAACAUUAUACUCAAUACUCAUACAGGAUGAAGAUUUAAGUAUAUGAUAUAUAGAGCAAAUGCAAAAGUGAAUGUCAUAGAUCAUAUGACCAUAGAGGAAAUGAACAUAGAGCAGUUAUAGCAUCACAA